ACAGACAUGCCGACGGCAUCUCGCCGACGGUCAAACUAAACAAACAUUUUAUAACAUCUAAUGCGAAAAGUGAAUCAAAGUUUCCACCGAUAUGACCUCACCGUCAAUUAGCGAACGAUAGAAAUCGCUAGCUGUAUCGCUAUUUUAAUUGACUCUGUGAUAUUUUUAUGAACUGCAAUAUGUAAAUAUGCCAAAACAUGUUCUCAGACCAGAAUUACGAAUAUACUGCUUAUAAGUAAUAGUGAUUUAGUAAUAUUUCGGAAAAGACAUUCCCGCGUGUUUAAGUGAUUAAAAAUGAAACCGAAUCUGAAGGAUGUAGUGUUACCAACAUGAAAAAGCAGAGAGUCGCUAUUGGAGAAAAACACAGAAUGCACAUGCAUCUAGCUGCCAUAUAUUUUUUGCUAAUACUUAUCUUCAAAAUCGCAAGUUCUAAAGACAACAUUCUUCCUCAUCAACUUAAACUCAGUUCUACACUCACUUGUCGUCUUAUCGGAGGGCUGACCAGAGAACAAAGAUCCGUGUGUCACAGCUCUCCAGAUACUGCCGCUAUUGCUUUAGAAGGUCUACAAAUGGCGGUUAAAGAAUGUCAACAUCAAUUCCGAUGGCAUCGCUGGAACUGCUCCAGCCUUUUGACCAGAAGCACUAAUCCACAUAAUAGUGCUAUAAUGAAAAGAGGUUUUCGUGAAGCUGCUUUUCUGUACGCUCUGACAGCGGCAGGGGUGGCACACUCUGUGGCACGCGCAUGCGCCCAAGGACGCCUCAUAUCCUGUGGCUGCGACCCCCUGGGAUACCGCACCACUCACGAGAGAGGCAGAGCAAGGGUAAACAAAUGGGAGUGGAGUGGCUGUUCCCAUAACCUGGCCUUCGGGAUCGACUUUUCCAAGAAAUUUCUAGAUGUGCGCGAGCAAGUUGACGAUCUGCAAUCAAAGAUCAAUGUUCAUAAUAACAACGCGGGAAGAUCGAUACUCUCAUCUCAUAUGGAGGUACGAUGUAAGUGUCACGGGCUGUCUGGGAGCUGUCAAUUAAGGACGUGCUGGAGGACCACGCCCGACUUCAGAAUCGUAGCGUCUACAAUUAAGCGAGAGUAUCGUAAGGCAUUAGUCGUGGCGCAAGAGGAGUUAAACAAUAGCCCUUCAGUACUUCGUGGGCGUCCUCGUGGUAGAAGGCGAAGUCGUGCUAGACCGGCACCGAAAACAAGCCUAGUCUUCUUGGAGAAGUCCCCAAGUUUCUGCGAAGCAGAUCCUAAGAUGGAUUCCGCGGGUACAUCGGGAAGGAUUUGUCGUAUGGGAAGAACCUCUCGUACGGGCUCAUGUGAUCUGCUCUGUUGCGGUAGAGGUCACGAUUUAAUAAGAAAGUCCAGUAUCAAACCAUGCAAUUGCACGUUUCACUGGUGUUGCAGAGUCGACUGCCAGAAAUGUCAAGAUGACAAAUGGAUUGCUAUGUGCAAGUGAAGCUACUUCAUCUUUUUGAUAAUUACUUCAGUUAUUCAGAUGUUGAAUUUGCGGUUCUAUUUUCAUAGUAGUAUCGAACGAAACAUAAAUUAUCAAAAGACACUUUAUAUUUUUUUGUAUUUAUUUAUUUCUUACAUUCAGUAUUAAACAUGUUUGAUAAUAAUCAAUUAAAGGAGUAACUGAAGCAAUCAAUUUCCGCAUAAAAAUAAAUAAAUACCUCAUAUAUUUUUUUAGUUUCGGCUAGGUAUUUUAUUCGUCUUUUAUUUACAUUUUACAAAAGUAUAAGUCAGCCCAGUCUGAACCGAGACAUUUUUUUACAGAAGACAUUUUUUAUUAUUUAAGAGUUAAAUUAAUACUUUUAAAGUCAAGUGACCUUUAAGGCUUGCAUACUCCCGAAGCACAUACACCCAAAGCUCAAAUUAUAAACCAUUAGGUAAUAUAUAAUGCAAUAUAAAACGCAUUAUAAAUACUCGUACUCAUUCGUUAGUCUAGCACAAUUUAUAAAUUAUUAAAGAUUAUAAUAAUUAUAUCCUGUAAUAAGAUAUUAAAGUGAAUUUGUUAUAGCUAUGUCUGAACAGUAUUAAAACUAUAAAGUAUAAGACAUUUGUAACUUUUUAUCAUUAUCAUGUAUAGGUACUUCAUGAAAUAUUUAACUAAUUAGCAUUCACGUAAAGACACAUUCCUCUGUAAAUACUGUGUUUCCCAAUUUUCGUCAUUCCGUAUUCGUAUAUUAUUAGUAUUUAUUUUC